CCCUAACGGGGAAAUGAGGCAAAAAUAAUUGAAGGGUAUUUGGCUGGCUUAUGUGGGCAGAGUGUCCUCAUCAAAACAACUUUGGAGAUCUGCUCUGGGUGUGGGUGUGGGCGAGUGGGUGGCCAUUAGCUUUUUCACAAGGGACGCUGACAGCAGGAAUGAACCCUGCUUCCUCCUUGAGAAUGAGCAUCCAGGCAAGACCUCUGUUUUAGUGACGCAGGCAACACUGUGGCUGCUUCAGGUCGGACAGACUCUUUGGGGGGACCUUUGACUGCUUCCUGGACCUUCACGGAGCCAAAUGGUGGGAAUGAAAGAUGAGUGACUUUGAUGAAUGGAUUUCUGGGAAAUACAGAAAAAUGGAAGAAGGUCCUCUACCUCUGUUGACUUUUACUACAGCUCCCUACUACGACCAGAAACCAGGAACUAGUGGAUUGCGGAAGAAAACCUAUUUUUUUGAGGCCAAGCCCUGCUAUCUGGAGAAUUUCAUCCAGAGUAUAUUCUUUUCCAUAGACCUAAAAGAUCGCCAGGGAUCCUCACUGGUAGUUGGUGGAGACGGGCGGUAUUUUAAUAAAUCGGCAAUAGAAACAAUAGUCCAGAUGGCAGCCGCCAAUGGGAUCGGUCGCUUGGUUAUUGGACAGAAUGGAAUCCUCUCCACCCCUGCUGUAUCCUGCAUCAUUAGAAAGAUCAAAGCCAUUGGUGGGAUCAUCCUGACAGCCAGCCACAACCCAGGAGGACCCAAUGGAGAUUUUGGAAUCAAAUUCAAUAUUUCCAAUGGAGGUCCUGCCCCGGAAGCAAUAACGGAUAAGAUUUUCCAAAUCAGCAAGACAAUUGAAGAAUACGCAAUUUGCCCUGACCUGAAAGUAGACCUCGGGGUUCUGGGAAAGCAGCAGUUUGACCUAGAAAACAAGUUCAAACCCUUCACAGUGGAAAUUGUGGACUCGGUGGAAGCCUAUGCUACCAUGCUGAGAAACAUCUUUGACUUCAAUGCACUGAAAGAACUGCUUUCUGGUCCAAACCGACUGAAGAUCCGUAUAGACGCCAUGCACGGAGUCGUGGGGCCGUACGUGAAGAAGAUCCUGUGUGAGGAGCUGGGAGCCCCCGCAAACUCGGCGGUGAACUGCGUUCCUCUGGAGGACUUUGGGGGCCACCACCCUGACCCCAACCUCACCUACGCUGCUGACCUGGUGGAGACGAUGAAGACAGGAGAGCAUGAUUUUGGGGCUGCCUUUGAUGGAGAUGGGGAUCGAAACAUGAUUCUGGGCAAGCAUGGGUUCUUUGUGAACCCUUCAGACUCCGUGGCUGUCAUCGCUGCCAACAUCUUCAGCAUUCCGUAUUUCCAGCAAACUGGGGUCCGCGGCUUUGCACGCAGCAUGCCCACCAGUGGUGCCCUGGACCGGGUGGCUAAUGCUACAAAGAUUGCUUUGUACGAGACCCCAACUGGUUGGAAGUUUUUUGGGAAUCUGAUGGAUGCAAGCAAACUGUCCCUUUGUGGGGAGGAGAGCUUCGGAACAGGUUCUGACCACAUCCGCGAGAAGGACGGACUCUGGGCUGUCCUUGCUUGGCUCUCCAUCCUCGCCACCCGCAAGCAGAGUGUGGAGGACAUUCUCAAAGAUCACUGGCAAAAGUAUGGCCGGAAUUUCUUCACCAGGUACGAUUACGAAGAGGUGGAAGCUGAGGGUGCAAACAAAAUGAUGAAGGAAUUGGAGGCUCUGAUCUCUGACCGCUCCUUCGUGGGGAAACAGUUCCCAGUGGGUGAUAAAGUUUACACUGUGGAGAAAAUUGAUAACUUUGAAUACAGUGAUCCUGUGGACGGAAGCAUUUCAAGAAAUCAGGGCUUGCGGGUCAUUUUCGCAGAUGGUUCUCGCAUCAUCUUUCGACUGAGCGGCACUGGGAGUGCGGGCGCCACCAUCCGACUGUACAUCGACAGCUAUGAGAAGGACCUCACCAAGAUCUACCAGGACCCCCAGGUCAUGUUGGCCCCCCUUAUUUCCAUCGCUCUGAAGAUGUCUCAGCUCCAGGAAAGGACGGGUCGCACCGCACCCACUGUUAUCACCUAAGAAGACAGGCCGGAUGUGGUACGUCCCUCUGCCCCAGGACCCUCCGCGUCAUCUGACUGAAGAGCAUGGACAGAAACGAAGUGUCUUCACCCAGGCUUUGUAGAACUCAGAGUUUCCACUCACCGGUUGUUGACAGAUGGUACAAUUCCAAGGCCCUGCCCACUGAUACGCCUGUAAGUGCCACGUGGGAAAGAGAAAAACAGGACCCAGGGGCUGACAGGAACGACUGUCCAUUCCUUUUUGCUCCUUUCUGUGUCCUUACACCUUGCGGCUGCGUGGGUAUUUGUCUCCUUAGCACCCAGUCCUGUUUCCACUACAGUGUAGGAUGGAGACCGGGCAUCGGCUCCUGAGGCCAGUUUCCACCCUCAGGAUCUGCCCGUGAAAUGACAGCACACGUUCCUUUCUUCCUGGUGAAACUCUCCCCCCAUUUAUUGUUUACAUGUCAUCCGGCAAAAUGCGGUUUCUGGUGCCUUCUCUCCAAUCAGUUCUUUCCUCAGAGUGAGACGUACUCGUCUGCAGAUUUCUGCCUUGUUUUGCGAUGUAAUCCCAUUCACACAAAGAUUUGGGAUAUUAAAGCAAAAUAAGCUACCA